ACACUUGCGGCUGAACCGAGAUUUAGAAAAUUCCAAACGUAUCUACAGAAUGAAUGGCGCGUGGACUUAUCUCGCUGUUACCGGCCUAGCUAGCUGCGUGCAUGCUGAAAGCUUUUACUAUCGUUAAUCUUGCCUUGUCCUUGAAAUAGCGAGGUAUUCUACAUGUACGCGAGGAAGCAUAGUGCAUUUAUACCCCAAAAGAUUAAAAGGUCAGGCACUCCUUGAAGCUAGACAGAUCAACCCUGGAGAAAAUGGUAUGGGGAGAUACUAUACAUGCCACGUGACUUUUGAACCCAAACAGCCUGUCAUUUGCUAGCCUGUCAGUGUACACAUCAGAGGCAGCACACAAGCUGUACACUUCUCACACACACUGUAACUGCAGGGUGGAACAGAGCUCUACAGGGGAGCAUUAACGUCAGGAAUCUCUUCGUUACAAGUAUCCCAUCUGAAGCAGUCUGUUCCCCUUGAGCAUGGAUAUUAUUAAUUUGUGGUUGAACGACAAAAGCACCUAGAUCUUUUCCACGAUGGAAAGCCUUAGGAGAGGUAGCAGACCACAGCCUGACCAUGUCAUUCAAUCCCAGAUCAAGCAGCUGGCAGAGGAGCAGGAGAGAGUACAGACCAAGACAUUCACCAACUGGGUGAACUCUCAUCUGCGUUCAUCCAAGCGUAAGCCACUUAUUCAAGUGGUUGAUCUUUGUGUGGAUGUCAAAGAUGGCAUUGUCUUGCUUACAUUACUGGAGGUGCUCUCUGGCGAGACACUGCCAUUUGAGAAGGGAAGGAACAUGAAGAGAGUUCACUUUCUGAGCAACGUCAACACCUGCUUAAGGUUCCUGGAAGGCAAGAAGAUCAAGUUAGUGAAUAUCAAUGCAUCAGACAUCAUUGAUGGCAAACCACCGAUUGUGCUGGGCCUGGUGUGGACCAUCAUCCUCUACUACCAGAUCGAGCAAAAUGCGAGUGCCUUGGAAAAACUGGCCGAGUCGGGCAUGUCCAGCAGCACAGGCAGCGUGGACAGCAUGGGCAGCAGUGAGGCAUCGUCCACCUCCAGCAAACCGGAGGCUCCCCGACCCAGCAGCAGUCACCUGGAGCCACCGCCUGCCAAAAGGGCUGCCAAGGCAGUCUCUGUGGCCUCCAAGCUGAAGGGCAAGCUGACAGCCAAGAAGGCACUGCUGGCCUGGGCCCGGAAAGCGUCCAAAGCUGCCGGUUCUGGCAUGGAUAUAGAGGUCAAGGACUUUGGACCCAGCUGGAGGGAUGGUUGUGCCUUCAAUGUACUGAUCCACAACAUCAGGCAAGACCUGGUGGACUUGUCCAUGCUUCCAAAACGGACAAACAUUGAGAACCUUGAUGUAGCAUUUAAUGUGGCAGAAAAGGAGCUAGGCAUCGUCAGACUUCUUGAUGCACAAGAUGUUGACGUGGACAAGCCAGAUGAAAAGUCCAUUAUGACUUAUGUUUCACAGUUCUUCAAAGCAUUUCCAGAAACAGGGAGCAAGGUCGACAAAGCCAAGGAGGAGGAGGCCAAGAUGUGUCAGGAGAUCAAUGAUUGGCUGGUGAAAGGUGACGCCAUGAUCACCUCGGCCAAGCAGAAGCAGCGUACCAAAGAGGACCAGUACUCGCAAUAUGUGGAAUUCCAAGCAAAGCACAAGAAAUGCAAACAUCUGAUGACCAUUGUCAUGGAGAAGAAGAGGAAGAAAGUGCUGUUGUCUCUCUCAGAGGAGCAGUGCAAUGUCACCGAGUCACAGUGGACCAAACUCCUCGCCAAAGAGAUGGAGUGGAGGCAGUCCGUCGAGGCGGGGCUUGCUGGUGGGCUUGGCCCCUGUGGGGAGUGGCUUAACAAGGCUGAGGCCCUAUUGGACGAUGACCUGACUCCUUUGCAGUCGCAGGAGGAGACCCACAGCAGCAUGAAACGGAAACUGAUUGCCCAUCAGGAACACUUCCGAGAUGCCAACGUGGUCCACAAAACCUUCCUGGAACUGAGCCGAACCCAGCUGGCAGAAGGCGUGCCCCCGACCAUCUUCCAGGACAUGUCGGAGCGAUUUGAGCGGGUCCUCGCAGCGUCCCAGGACCGAGGGACCAAACUGGAAUACCUUGAGAUGAAGUACCGGCUAUUGGCCUUUGUCGUCAUGGCCGAGAAGAAACUGCAGGCUUGGACGGUGAAGUACGGCAGCAGGGAGAGCGUGGCCUUGCUGCUGGAAAAUUACAAGGUUUUUGUUUUUGAUGAUCAGUUCUUUGAGCAGUAUGAGGUGACAUUACAACAGAUGGAAGUGGUUACAGAAGCAUACCACAAAACCAUCACAAAUGAGAAAGAGUUGGAAGGGAUGCGGCGUUUCCUUGGCGAUAUGAAUCAGAAGAAACGCAACCUGACUGUGGAGAUUACCAGCAUUCAAACCAUGCUGGAGAGCGUGAUUGAGCACUGGCAGUGCUAUACCACCAACGUUGGGCUGUUCCAACCGUGGCUGGAGGAGGCAGAGAAGGUCUUACAGCGAGGGGACCAAGCUACCAAGAUGGAGUACUUCUGUGAAUUGUCCACUUGGCUGGACCGUCACACAGCCAUGAACGAGUCUGGUAAUUUCCUGAUAGAGACAUGUCAGGAGACAGUAUCACUCAGCAUCCAACAGCAGCUGCUGCUCAUCAACAGAAGAUGGAAGGAAACUUUUGAACCCGCCAAGGUCUACAUGAAAUCUAACGAGUCAGAGAAAUUGCAUCAAGAGUUCACGUCUCGUGUGGUGUCACUCAAUGCCUGGCUGGACAAGGCAGAGGCAUGCGCCAUGCGACCGGUGGAAUGCCACUACAGUGUCAUCAAAGAGCAUGUCCAGCAACUCGAUGAAUUACGGAGCCAAGUUCCUGGUCACGAGUACAGCUUCAAGCAUCUGUCGCAGUUGGCCCAGUCCUUGGUGAAGACCUGCUCCAAGGAGGAGACAGGUGUGAUGGUCAACAUGCUGCGGACGUUGAAGGACCGACUGGCUGUGGUCAGGGACUCCAUCCCGCCCCGGGCCAAGACCAUGAACGAGAUGGUGCAGGCACUGCGGCAGUAUGAGGAGGGAAUGGAGGAGGUGGAGGGGUGGGUGAACAUCGCUGAGGGGCUGCUGAGAUCAUACGAGGAGGAGGGGAUGAAACCGACCGGGAUGGACCCUAGAGAGAUGGAGAGCUGCCUCAAAAAACAUAAGGCACAUUUCUCCAAGGCUCCACAUGUUGGCCAGCAGCUGGAAGACAAGACACAAAUUGUCCGCUACAUCAUCAGUCUUAACCAAGAGAGUUACACUGAGACGACCAUACUGGAGAAAUCCACCGCUAACAUCCAGCUCCGUUACAGAACUGCUGUUAGCUUGGGGCGGGACUGGGAGGAACGCCUGUCCGGGCAGCGGAAGGAGUGGCAGGGCUUUGAACUAAGAGAAGCCGAGCUGGCUGAUUGGCUGCAGCAGGCGAGUAAAAUCUUGAAAGAUCACAAAGGACCAAUCAGCAAGCAGCUGGACACUCACAAGGUGUGGUUUGAGUCUGGUCAACCUGAUGCACUGACUCGGUUCCUGUCAAUGAGUCAAGAGUUGCUUCACUCCUUGUCACCUGAAGAAAGGGAACGAGUGGAAGGAAGAGUACGGGCGCUACAGGACAAAUGCCUGGCACUAAUGCGAGCUGCUCCACUGAAAUUCUACCAGCUGCACUUCCAACAAGCUAAAGAGACAAUGGACAAGAAACUGGAGGAGGUUGAGACAGAGCUUGCCCAGGAGCGUCAAGCCCUGAAGGAUGGCAAGACACCUGAAGCUGUUAUGGAUAGACACGUGAACUUUUUUCCGAAGCAGAAACCUUUGGAGUUUUGUGCUGAAUGCAUCCAGUCCAUGGAGGAUAUCCAGAAGCAGCUGAUUGCUCUUGACCCCAGGUAUGACCCUUCACCUCUCACCCAGGCCAUUCAGCAGGGUCAGGACAGGCACCGGAAGCUCAGCCAGGAGGUGUUGCAGUUGGCCAAAAGGUUGAAAGAGUUGCCCAGGUUGUGGCAAGAAUACAAUGACAGGUUUGAUGCAUUAUCUCAGUGGGUGUUGGACACCAGUGACAUCAUGGCUUCCAUCCAAACCACUGACAACAAUGAAGAAUUUAGGAAACUGUGCUUAAAAUUUGAGUUCCUGUCAGAAAUGGCCGAAGAGACACAUGAGGAGUUAGCCUGGCUUACCUCUGCCCUCAAGGAUCUCUCCCAGGACUGUCCAUCUCAGCAGAAGCUGUCGACAGAGCGCCGGCUGGCUGGCCUACUCCGCGACCACAAGACCACGCUGGACGCCGUGCGCCAGUUCCCCGUGGAGAUAGUUGCCCUGACAAUGAUGUUCACCUAUGUUGAGCGAGCGGAGAAGACGACUGGCUGGUUGAAGGAGGUCAGGGAGCAGAUGAAGGAACCAGUUGACUGGACGAGUCUAGAGUCCUUGCAGAGGCAACUGGAUCAACACUUGGGCAAGGAGGCAGAGAUGCAGCAACAAGAACCUGAUGUCAGAGAGUUGAUACACAGCGGCAGAGACUUGCAACAGCAACAACAGCAGCAGCAGGCACCAGGGAAGAUGUCAGACAGAGUUGGUCAUGAGGUGACUGAGCUGGACAGGUUGUGGAAGGACGUCAAAAUGAGAGCGGCUCAAAGAACUGAGCAGUUGAAGGAGUGCCUGAAACAGGUUCAAACCUAUGAGAAUGAUAAACGACAGAUGGAGUCUUUCCUUGGAAAAGCUGUUUCUGAAGUCCAUAAGCCUACACCACUGGCUGGUCUUCAACCAGUGCAGGAGAAACUUAGUGCAGUCAAGGCUCUGCAAGAUGAACAGGCCCGGCUGAAACCACUCCUGAUGUCUCUGAGAAGCCAGAACAGACAGAUGCAGACAGCAGUGGCUGACGUCACUGUCAAGCAGACCCUACAAGACAACCUCCAGGGCCUCGAAUCGAGGAACGCAGCCCUCCGUGACGAGAUUGCCAAGAUGCUGGACGGUCUGAGAGGCCUUGAGGAACAGUGGAAGAAGCUGGAGGCAGACCAGGCCAGGACGGUAGAGUGGCUGGAAGCGACUGGCACCAAGCUGGACGAGCUAGAGAAAGCAACAGAUAUGCCGGAAGAGACACUCACACAGGCUCAGGUGUUGCUUGCUGAGAUCUUGGACAAGCAGGGCAACCUUGACAACCAAGAGAAAGCCCUGGGAGACCUGACGAAAGAUGUCCCUGACUUGGAGACCCAGUCCCUCAUGGCCCAGCAGCUUAGUUUCAAAAGCCAGUGGGAGACUCUUCGCUCCAGGGCCCAGCUGCAAAGUACCAGGCUAGCUGAGGGAGCAUCCCAGCAUCAACUGUACCAGCAGCAGGUGCAGCAGCUCAAAAAGGCACUUGAUGGUGCUGAACAGCGGCUGGAGGGAGAGGCUACUGGGAAGGAUUGCAGUUCUUUGGAGGAUGUGGAGAAAUUUAUCACUGACCAGAAGGCAUUUGCCAGAGCAGUGGAAGAGAACCAACCCAUCCUGGCCAGCAUCCAGGAACUGUCCAGCCGGCUGGUGCCCCAUCAGGCCAUCCAAUCAGAGGUCAGCAGUCUGACCGACCGCUUACAGAACAUCCAGGAGAAGAUGGAUGGCCUGCAGCGUGACCUGAGCGAGAAGGAAGCGUUGUGGAGGGAGUACAAGGAGGUGAAGGGCAGGGUGCACCAGGAACUGGAGAGGCUAGAAGAAGGAGAGAUGACACAGUGCAGGGAGUACAUCGGCAAUACAGGCAAACUGGAGAAACAACUUGACACCCUCAAGGAACUGUGUGCUCGUCAUCAAUCAGCACAGCCAGACAUUGACAGGUUCCAUGCCCUGAAUCGAACCCUUUGGCAACAACACUGCUCCAACCCUCAUGGCCUGGCCGGGCUGCGAGGCGAUCUCCAGACCACAGAUGCAAGACUCUCGUCUGUCUCCACGGCUCUCCAGGAAGGGGUGGAGAUGGUCCAGAUAACCCUGAAGGAACGGCAAGAGUUCAUCCAAGAAGUGGAGAGGUUGACCACUGACCUCCAAGAGGAUGAGAGAUGUCAGUCGGAGUGGAUUGAGGUGUAUGAAGAUAAGGUGGAGCAGGAAAUCAAGAAGGCAGAGGCUACACAAGCCAGAAUUAGGAGCCAAUGUGAUAGGGUGGACAACCUGACUGGCAUGGUUCAGGCCAUCUGCAGCAAGUGUGAUGCCACCCAGGAGCUCACCCUCUCCCGCAAGGUGACUGGGGUCUCCAUGCUGCAAGACGGCGUCCAGGAAAUGGUGGCAGUGCGAGUUGGGGUUCUUAACUUCCUCCUCCAGUUCUACAAGACACGGCAGUCGAUCGUUGACACUCUGAGGGAGGUGGAGGAAGGAUUGAGCCAGCUGAACCUGGCAGAAGACAGCGUUGAGAUGCUGAUGGAGAAACUGGAGGCGGUGACGCCUGUCUUGGCAGAGUGGCGCGGCAGGACGCUGGAUAUCGAUAGCCAGGCCCAGAGAGCUAAGGUGAGACCCAGGAUGCGGGGCAUUGUCCAUGAAGAAGAGCCACCCUCGUCUGCGGAGACUGAGAUGUCAAAGCUAAGGAGCAAGCACAACGAGCUGAGAUUACAGCUGUCCUCACAGAGGGACCAGCUGUCAGAGAGAGCCAGAUUGAUGGAGGAGUUUAUGAAGAAGAAGACAGCUCUGUCUGAGAAGCUGGACAGCAUCAAUGCAGACCUAGACAAGAAGGAUACACGGGACAUCAGUAGUGCAGAGGACCUUCAGGAUUGUCUAAAAGAUUAUCAGGCCUGUCAUGCACAGUUUCACCAAGAGGAGCCCAACAUGGACUAUUUCAAGAGUCUUGGGAAGCGUAUUCAGAAAGUGAACCCGGCCCAGCAGGAUGAAAUCCAAGCCUCUCUUGAUGCCGUAUACAGCCACUCCUUUAGCAUACGUCACAGGAUAGACUCUACCAUGAAGACACUUGUAACAGCGCUCAAUCAGUGGCAAGAGCUUGACCAGUGCCAGAGACCCAUUCUGGAAUCCUUGGGAAAGGUUUCCAUGGUCACCGGGCAGCCAAUCAAAUGCAGCAGCAAGGAGGAGGCAGAAGAACUGCUCCAGCAGCACCAGGUUGCAAGCGAGGAGCUCUCACCCCUUCAAGACCAAGCCCAGCAUCUGCAAUCCGUUGUCAAGAAUGUGACAUCCCUCCUCAAGAUGCUACCGACCGGCUUACCUGUUGACCCGCCUUCCUUCAUCCAGGAAGCCUCCUCCAUACCAUCGUCCCUCGCAUCCUCCUCGGCGGUUAUCCAGGAGCGGAUGGCCAGUCUGAGGAGGCAGCUGGAGCUGUGGGAGGCGGUGCAAGCCCAGGAGGAGGCCCUGGCCUCCUGGCUGGGUGCCGAGGUGACGGAGCUGGAGCAGGUGCCAGCCAAGAUGGAGGACGAGGGGAGGACCAAGGCCAGGCUGGAUCAAUUCAAGACUGAUGUGUCUAGUCGUGAAGCUGAGCUCACCCUUCUAGCAUCAACUGUGCAGGAGUUGAGGUCACUGAACCCUGGUGCAGCCAUACCAGUGGCAGAAGAGGCUGUCCAGAGAGUGGAGGCUAAUAUCACCCAAGCUAAGCAGCUGGCUUUGAGUGCCGAGAGCAGCUUAGGAGAGUUCACCAGCCAGAGGGACAACCUCAGAGCUCGACUGCAGGAGCUGACAUCUGGGUUGGAAGAGUUGGAGGACAGGCUGACCCGCUGCUCAGACCUGAGUCUCUCUGAGGAUGGUAUCAUUGAUGAAAUCACCGAGUGUCAGGCUGUACAAAGUGAUUUGACCAACAUGAGACCAGCUUUUGACACCCUGGUGAAUGAUCUGCAGAUGCUCUUGCAGAAAUUCCCCAAGUCCAACGCUACCCAGCUGCAGGCUGAUGUGGAUGCACUGGGCAAGAGGUUUGAUGCUGUUGCGCUCUGCGAUCAUCAAAUUCAUGAGAGUCUGACAGAUGCACUCUUGCUCCAGUGCCGCAACUUACUCCGAGAGGUGGAGGGUGAGAUUGAUUAUGACUUGGAUGAGCUGAGUAACUCGGCCAGCACCCAGGGCGAACCCGAGACACUGGAGAAGAGACUCAAUGAUGUUAAGGACCUGAAGAGCCAUUCCCUGCCCCAGCAUGCCUCUCAGCUGGCGCUGAUCAGUACCAAGCUGGACAAGGUCCUGCCUCUGCUCUCUGAUGCUCAGCGACCACUGCUCACCCGGGAGGCUCAGGCCAGGCAGGACCACCUAGCCCGGCUGCACCGGGCUACAGAUGAGGCUGAGAAGGCCCUUGAGUCCUGCCUGCUGGACUGCCGUGACUUUGAGGAGACGGCCACAGAGUUGUGCUCGGAGCUUGAGGAAGUUGAGAGGCUGAUGGGAGAGGAGUUGGCGCCAUGCACCAGCAUGGAGGACAGGAAGAAGCAGCUGAAAAACCUACAGGACUUAGCUGAGAGACUUGACUUUGAGAGACCUACCCUGACCACUGUCGAUCACAAGGCAGAGAGGGUCCAUGCACUGUGUGGUACCAAGAAGCCAGUAGAGCAAGCUGUGAAGCUGCAGGAUGAUUAUGAUCAGAUUCAAACAAGAGUCAAGGAGGCAGUGGCCCAGUGUGAAGAAGGGAUCAUGCAGCAUGAAGGCUUCAUCAAGACCACUGAUGAGGCAGCGACAUUUUUACAGCAAGCCAAGGACACCUUGGAUACCUGCAUCGACCCCUCAGGCAAUCGGGAUGUGUGCGAGGACAAACUGCAAACCUCAGAGAGUCUGCUAACCAAACAGGCUCAGAUUCAGUCCCACCUGGACUUGGCCGUCCAGGCCCAGGACACCCUGGCACCUCGGACCACUCCUGAUGGUCAGUCCUCCAUGCUGGCCCGCAUCCAGCUGCUGCAGGGCCAGUGGAACCAAGUUGUGGCCGGCUUGAACCAGUGCAAGGCCCUGCUGGAGGAAAGAAUCCGCAGGUGGAAGGAGUACGAGGCCGAUCUUGAGGACCUGGAUAAACGGCUGCAGAAGUGGGACGAGUCUGUUGGCAGGGCUUCCCAGCUGAAAGAGAAUCUUCCUGAGAAGGCUUCUCAUCUUGAAGAAGUCAAGUUGCUGCAAGCAGAGAUGGAGAACCAGUCCGACAGAAUCCAAAACUUCCAUCAGAUGGCCGAAUUGUUGGCUGCCAACAAUGUGGUAGAUGUCACUCAGCAAGUUGAAGCACAGGCUGAGAGUGUACAGGAGCAGUACCAGGAGCUGCUGGACAGGCUGAACGACAUUCAAUUGAAGAAGGAAGAAGCAGUCCUCACUCACGAAUCUUGGCAGGAGGCAGCAGACGACAUGUCAGGCAUCAUCACAGCCAUAGAGGAGGGACUGAGUCAGACGACUAGCCUGCCGACAGAGGUGGAAGAAUUACAGGCCAAGAAGGCACAGCUUCUGGAACUCCAAGCCAAGUGGCCAGAGGGCCAGUCCAAACUUGCUCAGCUCGAUGACUGCACCAGCAAAGCCCUUGCCUCCACUGCAGCGGCCGGUCAGCACAAACUCAGUCACCGUGCCUCAGAGCUCAGUGAGCAGUGGAAUGCCCUGCAGGCCCAAGCUGCUGAAGCAGAGUCUAGAAUCGCUGAGAUGCUGAGGCAGAGAGGCCAGCAUGAUGACAAGAGGGAGGAGUUUGCUAGAUGGCUGAGUAAGACGGAGAUGGAGUUAGUAGAGGCUUCCCAGCUGGGCUCAGAUCUUGAAGCAAAGGAGAAAAAGCUACAGAAAUGCGAGGAGCUCACUGAUGACAUUGUCCUCCAUGAACCAGCACUGGCCGAUAUCCUACAAGGUGCUCAUCAGUUUAACGACAACCUGUCUGAGCAGCUUGCUGCUAGAUACAAUGCCCUGAAAGACAAAGCUGAGGAUGUCACCCAGCAAGCAGUGAAAGCGGUCGCAGAUCAUAGAUUGUACAAUCAGAGCAUGGAGGAUUGCAAGGCCUGGCAUGAACAGAUGGAGAGAACACUUGAAGAGAACACAGGGAUACCAGAGAUGAAAGAUGAACUGCAAAAACAGGUGGACAAUCUGAAGAUUCUUCAGCAGAGUCAGUCUGAGGGAAAACAGAAACUAGAGGAAGUGCUUGCCACAGCAACUGGCACAGUGCCCUCGACGUCUCCACAAGGUCAAGAGGUCAUCCGGAAAUCUGUUGCUGCCCUCCAGCAGGCAUCGGCGGCAUUGACAGAUCAGACAGAUAGAGCCAAGGACCAAUCAGAGGAAGCCUUGCAGAAGUGGGAUGAGCACAACAACAGAUGUAAGAGGCUGUCUGAUUGGAUAGUUGAAGCAGGAACAAUACUAGAUGACCUAAGGAAACCUUGCACAGACUUGGAGGAAAGAAAGAAGAAGCAGAACAUGUUAGAGUCGCUCAGCCAGGAGGUCGAUGGUCAUAGACGAGAUGUGGAGAUUCUGUCUCCUCUAACCCAGGAGCUUCAGAGUAUUGGUGUGAGGAACCCGACCAUUCAAACUAACAAAGAGACUGUCAACACUGAGUAUCAAGAACUCUGUGAUAAACUGAAGGAUUCCCAAGUUCAGUGUUCUCAAGGCAUCACGCUCAAUGAAGAAUUCCUCCAAGUAGUACAGGAGGCUGGGAAAUUUUUACAGCAAGCUGAAGAGACUCUGGCUGGCUGCUCUGACCCCUCAGGGGACCGCAAGAUCUGCCAAGACAAAUUAAAAAUGGCAGGGAAUCUUUUAGCCAAGCAAGAUGAACUCCAGUCUCGUUUGGAGUUGGCAGCGGAGACCCUCAACUCACUGGAUCCACACACCUCAGCAGAAGGUCACACUGCCCUGCUGGCCACCGUCCAGUCACUGCAGAGCCAGUGGGAUCUGCUGGUGCCCAGCAUCAACCAGUGCAGAGCUAUGCAAGGAGACCGGUUGGAGACUUGGGUUGAUUUUGAAGGUGAUGUGGAAGAGAUGGGACAGUGGUGCAUAGACACUGAGACAGCUCUAAAAGAUGCAGCAGAGCCCAGAGAGGACCUGGCUGAUAAGAGAUCUCAGCUUGAAGAAGUCCAGGCACUGAAGGAGAACAUUGAGAACCAAGCCAAGAAAUUGAAGGAAUUGAAGCAAAAGAGUGUGAUGCUAACAUCGGCCAAUACUCCAGACAUUGUAGAGAGUGUUGAGAGGCAGGUUGCUGAUGCAGAGAAACGCUACCAGGACCUGCUGGACCGGAUGAAGGACAUUCAACUGCAGAAGGAAGAGACAGUCCUCGCUCACGAGUCUUGGCAGGAGGCAGCAGAUAACGUGUCAACAUCAUCACGGCCAUAGAGGAGGGACUGAGCCAGACCAUAGUCACUCCCUCGGAUAUACAGGAGCUGCAGGCCAAGGUGCAGUGUCUGAAGGAACUGCAGGCACAAUGUCCGGAAGGCCAAUCCAAGCUGAAUGAGUUCUUAGAUUGCACCCAUCAAACACUAGCUUCAACCUCAGA